AAUUUAUGUCGUUUAUAGCUCUAUACAGUGAGCCAGAUAAAGACAAAAAGAUAAAUGCUAAUAAAUUAUAAGAUUCUGACUAUAUGGCUGGUUCAAAAACUUUGUGUUGCUUGUUCCUAUUGUCUGUCCUCCUCGACAUAUCACUUGGAGCUGGUGAUGAUCCCACCAUGGAUAGCACAUCAGCUGCGUUAGUGUCAUUUGGAGCAGCUUCAUACACAUUCUCUGAGAAUCCGAGUAGAACAGUGUUCAUCCAAGUAGUCACCUCUCGACCCGCUCCCGAGGGCUUCACGUUCUCUGUUUCUUCUGUUCUCACUCAAACCGACUACGUAGAACCUUCAGGUGGAAACGUGGAGUUCACUACACUUUUUCCGGCUGGAGAAACAUCGGUUAACCUUCCCGUUGAGAUUACUGAUGACGAGGUUGCUCUUGAAGAAGUGGAGACCGUGAUUGCCAGCCUCAGGCUAAACAAUCCACCCUCAACAGUGCAGCUAGGCUCUCCUAGUAUGACUUCCAUCGAGAUAGUGGACAAUGAUCUACCACCUGCGUUAGUGUCAUUUGGAGCAGCUUCAUACACAUUCUCUGAGAAUCCGAGUAGAACAGUGUUCAUCCAAGUAGUCACCUCUCGACCCGCUCCCGAGGGCUUCACGUUCUCUGUUUCUUCUGUUCUCACUCAAACCGACUUCGUAGAACCUUCAGGUGGAAACGUGGAGUUCACUACACUUUUUCCGGCUGGAGAAACAUCGGUUAACCUUCCCGUUGAGAUUACUGAUGACGAGGUUCCUCUUGAAGAAGUGGAGACCGUGAUUGCCAGCCUCAGGCUAAACAAUCCACCCUCAACAGUGCAGCUAGGCUCUCCUAGUAUGACUUCCAUCGAGAUAGUGGACAAUGAUCUACCGGCUGCAGUGUCAUUUAGAGCGGCUUCAUAUACAUUCUCUGAGAAUCCAAGUAGAACAGUGUUCAUCCAAGUAGUCAUUUCUCGGCCCGCUCCCGAAAGCGGCUUCUUUUUCGCUGUUUCUUUUGAACCUUCAGGUGGAAACAUGGAGUUCACUACGCUUUUUCCGGGUGGAGAAACAUCGGUUAACCUUCCCGUUGAGAUUACUGAUGACGAGGUUCCUCUUGAAGAAGUGGAGACCUUGAUUGCCAGCCUCAGGCUAAACAAUCCACCCUCAACAGUGCAGCUAGGCUCUCCUAGUAUGACUUCCAUCGAGAUAGUGGACAAUGAUGGUCUAUGUCCAGCACUGGCACCUAUUCCAAACGGAGCUAUUACAUAUGGUCCGGAUACAUUUGCUGAUUUUGAUGUGGAUACAGUAGCUACUCAUACAUGUAACGAUGGUUUCAUUCUGGUGGUCGGAUCUGAGACUCGAACGUGUUUAGUCGGAGGGAGAUGGUCUGGCCUGAUUCCUGUGUGCCAGCCUGGUUGUAAAGCGGAGGUAUACCAGAAUCAUUCUUGGCCCAACACGGCACUAGGGUCUACUGCACUGUCCCCUUGUCCAUGUGUUGAAGUAUUGGGUGUGUUGGCAGGGAAUGUCAGCAGACAGUGCUCUGGGUCAAUCAGUGAGGGAGGUAUGUGGAAGGAUGAGCUUGACCUCAGCAACUGUGAGACUACACUUUCAGACAUAUCCCGGGAAUUGUGUGAGAUUACACUAGGACUCUCAUCAAAUAAAACAACUAAAGCGUCCAAUCAGAUUGCCAACGUCACAUAUAGACCACAAAAUCUGACUGCAAGUCAAAUCACCUUGGUUACUGCAAUAGUAGAGCAAGUAGCAGAAGAAGCUGCUAUCAACCAAGAGGUGAGGAACAACUAUCUUCAAGCAAUCAACAAUAUUCAGCAAGCCAAUGCUGACGUCAUCUAUGAGAGCCAGCUGGCAAUGAAUUCCUCAACAAGGAUUCUUGCAAGCCUUGAAACAUUUCUGGACAAUCUCAAUACUUCAACUGUUUCCACAAACUCCACAAGCAAUCAGACUGUUCUCAGUUUCGAAACAUUUGCUAUCAAAGUGCAAGAUUUAGACCCUGACAGUUUCCAGGGCCAGACAUUUGUUGUUGAUUUAGGCCCUGUCGAAGAGGCAGUGAACAAUACUGGCGUUAUCGACCAAGAUGCUCUGAUGACAGCUAAUGAUCACACAGCUGAUAACAGAUCAGAUACUGAUUCCCUUAGUGAAGACACUGACAACUCAACAGCCUCUCUACGCUUAAGCCCUUUGAUUCUUGAAGACUGCCCUUCAACAAAUCGUUCACUUUGGCAGAGAUUAAGUUACUCUGUUUUUUUGUCUGAUGUGCUUUUCCUUCCUGAGAACAGAAGUACUAAUCAGGUGGGAUCUAUUGUGGUGGCUGCAAGACUAGCUUGUCUGCAGAUCAACAAGACAGUGCUCACAGUGCCAGUACGAACAAGCUUUCGGAUCAGGAUGACGGAUAAUGUCAGUAUCAGCAGCUGUGCUGUGUAUAAGACUCAAGAUCAGUUUGGAGCUUGGGACACUACUGGAUGUAGAGAGAUAACCAGUUCCAAUGGGAGAAAAGAUUGUGAGUGCAGACAAUUGGGCCACUUUGGAAUACUCUUUGAUUUGAAUCCAACUGCAUUACCUGAAAAUCUUGCAAUUGCUGUGAGCGCCAUCACAUACAUUGGCCUAGGCUUGUCAGUAGUGUGUCUUCUGGUGUUCAUGUUAACUAUUUUUAUCAGCAAGAAGCUACUCGCUGAUAAGCAGAACCAGAUUCUCAUCAACAUGAGUAUUUCACUGAUAUGCCUGUACUUCACCUUCCUCAUUGGAGGGUUCACUGUUGGUGUCCCACCUCUCUGUGGGCUCAUGUCUGCCCUCCUGCAGUACUUCUUCCUAGUGUUCUUCUCCUGGACGGCUGUAGAAGCUGUCUGGCUCUACCUCAAACUGGUAGUGAUAAUGGGAUCUCAGUCCCUCACCUCUAAGUUCAUGCUGAAGGCUGGACUCUCAGCAUGGUUACUGCCCUUUAUAAUUGUUGUCAUCAGUGCGGGGGCGGGACAUCAGUACUACAGCAACCCAUACUACUGUCGUCCUACUGAAUGGCCUUUCUAUUUUGGAUUCAUUCUUCCUUUUGUCAUCAUCUACGUAUUCAACUGGAUUGUGUUUGUUGCCAUCAUGGUGUCCAUUUGCAAACAUUUUAGAAACCUGCAGUCACUAAACGAGAGCUCCGUACGUCAACAGUUGAGGAAUGUUAAGAAGAACUUGGUCAUUGCUAUGUGCCUAUCGGUUGUACUUGGCCUGGGUUGGGGCCUUGGACUAUUAUCAACAAGCUCUGAUCUUGUGGAGCUGUCAUUCACAUUCCAAGUGAUAUUCUCGAUCUUUGUGGGCUCUCAAGGUGUGCUGGUUUUUAUUCUUUAUGGCCUUCGAAGCACUGAAUUCCGCCAGACAUGGAUAAAACGCUUUAAUAAAUAUAUAUCAAACACUGAUAAUGUUACGUCUUUUGAGAAAGGAAGCACUAAUCCACGAGAUAAUUCUAGCACUGUUGGAGUGGAGUUAUCGAGUGUGAGCACAAUAUCAAACAAGCAGUGACACACAAUGAAGAAAAGAACUAUAAGUUAAAGAGACAAGACUUAUAUAAGUAGCUGAGUUCAUACAUUAUUAAGCUAACGUCCUCUCAGUAUAUUAAAAUGUGUGCUUGUGAUCAGUUAAUCACUUGAUGUGCUUUUAUAUGUAACUAAAAUGUAUAAUAAUUUUAUACUAUA